GAGCUGUCCUCGGAGAAGGGGGAGACGAGAGGCUGGGGGAGAAGGGAGGGGAGGAGUUAAGUGUGAAUGCAAACACACGUCGACGUGUCUUGUUAUUGACUUUUGCAAGUUUUGCGUGCAGGAGUGAGGCGACACACGGCGUCAUCCUGAAACGAUGUGGUGGCUCGUUGCUAGCUGCACUGGCGGAGCAGUUCUACUGUUUUUGCUGUAUAAAUGGGUGAUCCCCUGCAUUGUGCAGUAUCAUGGGGGCCUGGCAAUCUUCUGGCAUGAUGUCAUUGUGGAAUGGGUACUGGACAAGCUGACCCAGUCCACACGUCCUCAGAGGCUCCUUGCUGCAGUACAGAAAACGGCCACGAGAGGGGACCCUCGAAGCGUGGUUAAAGCCAUUGAUGACUUCUGCACCCACAAUGAGUGGGCCAUGAACGUAGGCGACGAGAAAGGUUGCAUUCUUGACUCUGUGGUGUCCGAGGCCAAUCCAUCUUGUGUGCUUGAGCUGGGCACCUACUGCGGCUACUCCGCAGUUCGUAUCGCCAGUUUGCUGCCACCUCACGCCAAGUUCAUUACACUUGAAUUUAAUCCCGACUAUGCCGCUAUCGCUCGGCAAGUCAUUGCAUGGGCGGGUGUUGGUGACAAGGUGCAGUUAGUUGAAGGGGAUUCUGGUGAAUGGAUCCCUAAACUGAAGGCGCAUUUUGGAGUAAAAACAUUUGACUUGGUUUUUUUGGACCACUGGAAGAAUCGUUACCUUCUUGACACCAAACUGAUGGAGGAAUGCGGCCUCUUGAAGAAAGGGAGUAUCCUGCUGGCCGAUAACGUUAUCUGUCCUGGCACGCCGGACUACCUGGAGUACGUCCGGCACAGCCCGCAGUAUAAAAGCCAGUACUUCAAAUCUCAUCUGGAGUAUACAAAGGCAGAGGAUGGCCUGGAGAAGUCCAUUUUCUUAGGGUAGUUUCUGUCCAAUUUUUCAAACACCAUUUUGUAUAUGCUGUUAACUACCACUGUCAUAGGAAACCAUAGAAAACAAAAUGAAAGAAUCAAAUUGGCGGCACGCUGGACGAAUGUUAGCACGUCCGCCUCGCAGUUUAUUGGUGCAGGGUUUGAUUCCGACUUCGAGUUUGCAUGUUCUCCCCGUGCCUGCGUGGGUUCCCUCCAGGUACCCUGGCUUCCUCCCACAUUCCAAAAAACAUGCAAGGUAGGCAGAUUGGCUACUCCAAAUUGCCCGUAGGUGUGAGUGCGAAUGGUUGUUUGUCUAUGUGUGCCCUGUGAUUGGCAGUUGAGGGAGUCCCUCGCCUACUGCGAGAAGUCAGCUGGGAUAGGCUCCAGCACAUCCGCGACCCUCGUGAGGAUAAGCAGUUUGCAACGUGGAUGGAGGGAUGAAACAAUCAAAUGGAAAACAAGAAUUACAUCAGUAAGUGUAUUCUUCAUGUCAUAAUCCAGUGGUCCUCAAAGUACCACUAGAGGUAGUGGUACACGAAAGUACGCCCAAGUUGUACCGUAAUUUUCGGACUAUAAGUCGCAUCGGAGUAUAAGUCGCACCAGCCAUAAAAUGCCCAAAAAAGUGAAAAAAAAACAUAUUUAUGUAUAUAAAUUGCUCCUGAGUAUAAGUCGCCCCCCCACCGAAAACUAUGAAAAAAAAACGCGAUUUAUAGUCAGAAAAUUACGGUAUUUAACUUUAAAGUUCAAUAUAUUUGCCAAUGUAGACACUUAACAAUAAAUACAAUUCCAAUAGAACACAAAUUUGAGUCUUUUUUUGCAUACAGAAAUGGUGGCAGCUGUUCAAAAAAGUUGGUAGCUGACAUAUUUGAGAUUUUGAUUGACAGGUUAUGGAAUGUAAAUUCUGUAAUUUGAACUGCAAGAAAUGAAAAGUGUUUGAGGCAUAAAGCAGGCGUCUUGGCGAGUUACUAAUGAAUUAACCACAGGCUAAUAAAAGAGUCAUAAAGCACAAUGCUAAUAAAUGUGCUGACUGGUCAACUGCU